AUGAUCAAAGUAAUAGUGGGUGUGUUUGCUCAUUGACCACCCAGUAUUGCCUCAUGCAAGAUGGCUGGAGCAGGCCCUGUAUCGUUGCCUAAGAGGCUCAUCACAGUGGAGAGCAGGUCCAGGACAGGAAGUGACCCCAUUGUGUACUCUUUGAAGAAGUCAAACUUGGAGAAGGUUCCAUCCACCGACAACCUGAUUGGCCAGCCUUGCUCAAAGUGCACUGAUAAAUGCCACGGUUACAUGCCACAUGUCUGGAGGAAGAAGUGCAUCACAUGUUGCUGUGUGAGAGACCAACACUUGCUGGAGUCUGACCCUCGAGACACUAUGGUCUACCUAGACAACCAGAGCACACAAAAUGGCCAUUCUCUCUCAGCCUGGGAACAAAGACUCAAUGAGAAGUAUGCCUGGUACCCCAGUGAACUCACUCCUGACUUGGUUGAGCAGUACAUGCAGUGUCUGCCCAAAGACAAAGUACCACUCAGAGGGUCCAGAGGAGAGAAGCAUCGCAUUCAGCAGUUUAUGCAGCAGCUCCCAGUCUAUGAUAGCAAUCUAGAUGCUUGCCACAAAAUGGCUGACCUGGAUAAGAAACGAAUGGGCAAAUUUGUCGACAGAACUAAGAGAAGGUUCUUUGGAGUGGGCUCAGUGGACAAAAUGACAGCCACAGAGAGUUUGGCCUGUGUUGGUUGCACUGAAGUGAUUGAUCUAGGAGCUGUCUAUGUGCAAGCAGAGAGAGUUGGUGAUGACCAGGCAUGGCACCCUCAAUGCUUCACGUGUGAGACAUGCCAGGAGCUGCUGGUUGACUUGAUCUACUUUCAUUCAUCAGAAAAGAAUGUCCUCCUCUGUGGGAGACAUCAUGGAGACUCACUCGUGCCAAGAUGCUCUGGCUGUGAUGAGCUGGUCUUUUCAGACACUGUGACUGAGUCUGGAGGAAAGAAAUACCACAAGCAACACUUAUGCUGCUCUGAAUGUGACACCCUUCUCCACGAUUCAUCAUUCAAAGAGAUAUCUGAUUCCCUCUACUGCAGCCGCUGUUACGAUCGAGAGUACGCAGCCAUUUGUGAGAGUUGCCACGAGCCUAUCAGCCUACGAGCCAAAGUCAUGCAUUUCAAAAAUCGAUCGUGGCAUAAAGAGUGCUUUGUGUGCAGACGCUGUCAAGAAGACGUGUCUCAAACUAAGCACUACUUAGUCAAAGGUGACCUGCUGUGUGGUGAUUGCAUGGAGCCCGUCGCCCAGUGCCAUGCUUGCAAGAACGCUAUCAUACCCACGGUUAGCUACAUGAAGCAGAAAACCAGAGCAUGGCAUUCCGAUUGCUUCAAGUGUACUCUGUGUCAGGCUUGGUUGGUUGAUGGGGAGUUUCAGGAGUUGGACGAUAAUCUAAUGUGUACGCCAUGCUACGCUGACAAGGUUGGCAAGAAGUGUACCGUCUGCACAAAGUCUGUUAUUGGAAGAGGAGUGAAAUUCGGCUUUGGAAUGUAUCAUCCUGAUUGCUUCAACUGCGGGUACUGUGGGAUCAAUAUGAUCGGCUAUAAAGGGAAAGUCAAGGAGAAAGAAGACAAACCAGUUUGCCAAGAUUGUGCCGCUAAAUCUGCAAAGAAAUGUUUCAAAUGUCACCAGCCGAUUACCUCAAAGCACACUGUGUAUCGAGAGCAGGUGUUUCAUCUGGAGUGCUUCACAUGCAACCUAUGCGGGUCCAGUGUGGCCACAACAGACUUCUUUGAAACAAACCUCGGAGAAAUUCUCUGCCAGAAGUGCACCACAAUUAAGUAAUUAAAACUUUAUAACAAUAGUAAUUAUAGUCAAGCUGUUUUCUGACCCACUUUGCAUUGGUAUUUUUUCUGUAUGCUUAUUAUAAUUGAUAUUAUAGUUGAGGUUGCA